CUCCAUCAUUAGUCUGCAACACAAAAAAAACUUGAAAACAGAAACACACUUGAAACUCAAUUAGCCGCUACAACAAAGAAACACCAUACUUCAACACACAAAAACCGUAGUAAAAUCUAAGUCAUCAUGUCUACAACAGACAGCAACAACAUGAGCAGUUCAGUUGAGGUAAAAAGAGUGUUCAUAGGAGCCGCAUGCAACAGAAUCGUUAACAAUGUCUCAUGGGGCGCUUCUGACUUGGUUUCGUUCGGUGCCCAGAACGCCGUUUCCAUAUUCUGCCCUAAGACUGCUCAGAUUUUGACUACACUACCAGGUCACAAGGCUACAGUUAAUUGUACCCAUUGGAUUCCUAGUAAUAAGUUUGCUUACAAAGCACAACACUUAGAGCAGCAUUAUCUGCUAUCUGGAGAUGCUGAUGGUGCUAUCAUUCUAUGGGAAUUAUCACUUGCUAACAAAAAGUGGAGGCAAGUGUUACAAUUACCACAAUCACACAAGAAAGGUGUUACAUGCAUCACUGGAAUUAUGGUUUCUCAAACUGAAGCCAUCUUUGCAUCUACUUCCUCUGAUGGUGCAGUUCAUAUAUGGGAACUGGUCCUCGCUUCUUCUCCUGGAGGGGAAUGUAAGUUGUCAUAUCUAGACACCCUUUUGGUUGGUUCAAAGCCUAUGGUGGUUCUAUCAAUGGCCGAAUUACCCGGAAAUUCCAGUCAUAUAGUCAUUGCCAUGGGGGGACUAGAUAGCAAGAUUCAUCUUUACUGCGGGGAGAGGACAGGAAAGUUUAAUCAUGCUUGUGAGUUGAAAGCACAUACAGAUUGGAUCCGGAGUUUGGACUUCUCAUUACCCAUAUUUGUCGAAGGUGAAGGAAAUUGCAUUUUUCUUGUAAGUUCUUCUCAAGACAAAGCUAUACGCAUAUGGAAGAUGGCUCUACGAGGUUCACUAGCCAACAGAGAGGGUACAUACAAGAAAGAGGAAGUAAGCCUGGCAUCUUAUAUCGAAGGUCCCGUAAUUGUUGUUGGCUCUUCCUCUUAUCAGAUAUCACUAGAAUCACUUCUAAUUGGACAUGACGAUUGGGUUUACUCAGUCGAAUGGCAGCCUCCUUCAACCAUAUCUGGCGAAGGGACAACACACCAUCAACCUCAAAGUAUAUUAUCUGCUUCGAUGGAUAAGACGAUGAUGAUCUGGCAGCCUGAAAGAAAAACUGGUAUAUGGAUGAAUGUGGUCACUGUUGGCGAGUUAAGUCAUUCUGCACUAGGGUUUUAUGGGGGUCACUGGAGCUCAGAUGGAAAAUCAAUUUUAGCUCAUGGAUAUGGAGGGGCCUUCCACAUGUGGAAAAAUGUUGGUGUCGGCGUGGAUAAUUGGCAACCACAAAAUGUUCCAUCCGGGCACUUUGCUCCAGUGACGGACAUUUCAUGGGCGAGGUCUGGUGAAUAUAUAUUAUCAGUUAGUCAGGACCAGACAUCUCGUAUUUUCGCUCCAUGGAAAAAUGAAACUUCUCCCAUCGAUGGGGAGUCCUGGCAUGAAAUUGCUCGACCUCAAGUUCAUGGUCAUGAUAUGAACUGUGUGUCCAUCAUCCAUGGAAAGGGGAACCAUCGUUUUAUUAGCGGAGCAGAUGAGAAAGUUGCCAGAGUUUUUGAAGCUCCUUUGUCUUUUCUGAAAACAUUGAAUCAUGCCUCCUUUCAGAACUCUAGUUUUCCUGAAGACUUACAGGCGGACGUUCAAAUUUUGGGUGCAAAUAUGUCUGCUCUUGGUCUGUCACAGAAACCUAUUUAUGUGCAUUCUAUGCAUGAGACUCCAAACAAAAAUGAGAAUGAUGCUCUGGACACCCUUGAAAGCAUUCCCGAUGCAGUUCCAGUUGUUUUCACAGAACCUCCCAUUGAAGAUCAACUGUCAUAUAAUACGCUAUGGCCCGAGUCGCAUAAGCUUUAUGGUCAUGGAAAUGAAUUGUUUUCUUUAUGCUGUGACCAUGAGGGAAAGCUUGUCGCUUCAUCAUGCAAGGCCCAGUCGGCAACAGUAGCAGAAAUAUGGCUCUGGCAAGUGGGUUCAUGGAAGGCAGUUGGUCGCUUGCAAUCACAUAGCUUAACAGUGACACAGAUGGAAUUCUCUCAUGAUGACAGUAUGCUCCUGGCUGUUUCAAGAGAUCGGCAAUUCUCUGUUUUCACAAUUAGAAAAACAGCCAAUGAUGAAAUUAGUUAUGAGCUUCUAGCAAGACAGGAGGCUCACAAAAGAAUUAUAUGGUCAUGUUCAUGGAAUCCUUUUGGUCAUGAAUUUGCAACUGGUUCAAGGGACAAGACAGUCAAGAUCUGGGCCGUGGAGAACGGAAAUUCAGUUAAACAAAUAAUGACUCUACCACAGUUCAAAAGCAGUAUCACAGCUCUAUCUUGGGUUGGUAUUGAUCGUCAAAGAAACCAAGGCCUUCUUGCGGUUGGAAUGGAAAAUGGACUAAUUGAACUAUGGAGUCUCACUGUCAAAAGAGCCGAGGACGGCAGCAUUGCAGCUGCAGGAGUAGCAGCUACUCUAACAAUACAACUAGAACCUACCAUGUGCCAUGUUUCUUCAGUGAAUCGUCUGACCUGGAGAAACCAUGAAAAGAGCGAAAAUUGCAAGCAUUUGCAACUCGCAUCUUGUGGAGCCGAUCACUGUCUCAGAUUGUUUGAGGUUAUUUUUGAUUAACUCCGUAACUUAUCAACAUCUAUAAGCUAAUGUCAUAAGGAUUCAUUUUCUAUCAGCUUAAGAAAGAUCCGCAUCAUAGUUCAUUCAUCGUAACAAAUCCAGUCUCGGACCGAUUUAGUUGCAUUCGUUGAACACCUCGAGUAUGAUGAUGGUGCCGCAUAAUGAAUGAUCACGCACACGCACUUGCAUUAUUACUACGGAUGAAUUCAGCAGCCGGAAUCGGCAUUAAGUUUUAAGUGGUCCAAUUGUUAGGCAGGCUGCUACUUUCUAGCAUGCAAUUCUAGAAGUGAAACUAAUCUCUCAUAUAAAUGGAGUGCCUUAUAAAGCAGGCGGCCUUUGAGAGUUUGCUUGAGACAAAAUUUAAUGGCAGCUCAAGUGGUGAUGUGAUGAAAGUUUUGAUGAUUUUAUUAGAUCAAUAGGCACAUUAAUUAUGAUUUUAUGGAAGAAUAUUGGAAUAAUAAGCACUCAGCAUGACAUUUUAGUAUUGUAGGCGGCAUGACAUUGUGUGUUUAUUCUUUAAAGCAUGCCUAGACAUGACCUGGUCAGAUUAUGAAAUUUGAAUGUUAAGAUUGUCAAA